UUCCCUUCACUUAAAUACUUUACUUAUGUGAUUGAGUUUGUUUAUUAGUCCGGUUUUGGUUGUUCCACAAUUUUUUAAAUUGAAAACCGAAGCAAAAUUAAAAGCUUCGCAAUGAAUAUUGAAGACACGAACGAUUCGGUACGUGUUAAAUUGUUGCUGGAACAGUCUCGGCCCAAAUCAUUGAAGAGCAAGGAAGAUAUAUUCCCGAUACUCGCUUCGGCCGGAACGAUUCUGUCACGUAAUUCGGACAUCCUUGAUCCAAGCCAAACAUCGAUCGCAACAGACUGUCUUCGUAUUAUACGACAAUCAUGUCCACACGGUGUAGACGUUCAGUGUUACAUUGUAAAUGAUCUUCCAGUCAUUGGUUACAUUGGCUCCAUUUUCAAAACUCCAAUGUCUCAAGACAACAAUCAAUUGUUUCUCGUUUCGUUGCAAGUAUUGGCCAAUCUCAUCAUAAACAACACUGCUAACCAACACAUCAUUUGGGAACAUUUCAAUGAAUUCCUGACGACAUAUCUUACUCAGGGGGACUCGCCCCAUAAAGACAUAUGCCGAAUGAUCAUUCACAACAUUUACUGUGUUGGUGGUUUACUUCAAGAUAGGGGAAAAGAGUUCCUGAAGAUACUGCUGCAAAAUCUGGACGAAGUGACUCGAAAUGUCAACAGCACGAUACCGGAAUUUCUUCAGAUUUUCUUGGAACAUUUUCUCACCAAACAGAAGCGGAUCACUCCGAUGUACAUGACAUUGAGUUCCAAUGAACGGAUUCUUUUGCUCAAUUUUACAUCCGAUUUCAUCAAGGAAGGUCAGUCUAGCGAUUCCGUAGUUACAACGGACCUCCUUCAGUGCAUCGCCAAGGAAUUCAAGAAGAAAUCCGAUUGCAUUUUGAAAACGGAAUCGACUUAUCUGAAUCGCGUCGAGCCGAAAGAGGUGAUGGCUUUGUUGGAAGUGAUUGCACAGGCGACCGGAGAUAAAUCCUACGAGAAUGUGUUCGUCGACGAUGGAUCGUUGUUUCUGAACAUCGGCUGCUUGUUACGGAACGUUCAGGCCGUGGGAAAGAAAGGAGAAAACAUUUUCUCGCCGAUUCAAAAACUGGAUCAAAUUGCACCGUCUUCGACCAUCAGUGAUGCCGGUAUUGAAACAGAUCUGUCGUACUCUUUGAAAACGUUGCUGGUGCGGGCGGUUGGAAAUCUGGCAUAUCGUAAUGCAAAGAACCAAGAACUGGCCAGAGAAAUGGAGAUCAUGAUUGCGGUUUUGGAUUGUACGCACAUGGAUGCACGAAAUCCCUUGAUCAAGGAAUGGAGUAUCCUAGCCAUUCGAAAUUUGUGCGAAGGAAAUAUGGAAAAUCAGCAAUUGAUCGCCAAUUUGACAAAAGUUGGCGACGCGGACAACUCGGAAAUUUUAAAAGAAUUUAACAUUGACCUAGGAUCCAUGAGAAUAAAUUCUGCACGGUGAUUGUAAUGGAGGAAAAUGCAUUUUUUAUUGUGGAA